UAUAGAAACAAACAAACAAAAAAAACCCCAUGUCUUAAAUAGUUCAAGCAUUCAGGAAACCAAAGAAGGAUUCGUAGGAUGCUUUACCUUUAACCCAAGUCUCCCCCACCUCCCCAAAGCUGCUGUCUGUAGCAUGCUGGAUGCGCAUGCUCCACUAUUUUUCCUUUAAUUCUCCACUCAGGGUUUUCUUUCUUUCUUUCUUUCUUUCUUUUUUUUUUUUUUUCACUGUGGCCUUCUCUCCUCGCCUUCCCCUGCCCCUCCCCCUUCGUCCUUUUCUGGCGUGACAUCUGGGAAGUGAGGAGGAAGGAGCCUGUAGGGUUAGCGCCCCAGAACAGUACAGUAGCAGCUUUCUUUUUUCUAGGAUGCGCUGAGCUGCUAGCGGCUGCCCAGCAGAUUGUGAAUCAGAAGGGAUUCUCAGCUUCUGUUUAUUUUCCUGUUGUUUUUAUUCCUCCCAGUCGGAGGAAAAUGGAAACACUGGCAGACACCUUCAUCCAGACCUUCUCUCUUCAGUUCUGACACUUCAAUUUUUCCCUCCUGGUUCGAAAGCAAUAACUUCCAGACUUCAGCAAAGGAGCAGAGAGAGAUCUAUUCCUUCCCUCAUCAGAAGAGACAGUGUAAUCCUGUUUAUCUGAAGAAAUGGAUACUUCUCCCUCCAAAAAAUAUCCUGUUAAAAAACGUGUGAAAAUACACCCCAACACAGUGAUGGUGCAGUAUACUUCUCAUUACCCACAACCAGGAGAUAGUGGAUAUGAAGAAAUAAAUGAAGAUUAUGGAAGCUUUAUGGAAGAAAAUCCAAAGAAAGGACUUCUUAGUGAAGUAAAAAGAAAAGGAAGAACUUUCUUUGGGACCAUGGAUAAUCGAACCUCAGCAACUGAAGACCCAAAGACCAACAAGAUUGAACAGUUCCAGAGCUUUGCAGAAAGAAAUAUUUUUCAGUCUAGAAAGACUUGGAUUGUGUUGUUUGGAUCUGCUUUGGCUCAUGGAUGUGUGGCUCUUAUUACUAGACUUGUUUCUGACCGUUCCAAAGUGCCAUCUCUCGAACUGAUUUUCAUUCGAUCUGUCUUACAGGUAUUUUCUGUGUUGGUUGUAUGUUACUAUCAAGAACCCCCUUUUGGGCCCAGAGGAUAUAGAUUGCGGCUCUUUUUCUACGGUGUCUGCAAUGUCAUCUCUAUCACCUGUGCUUAUACAUCUUUCUCAAUAGUUCCUCCCAGCAACGGAACCACAAUGUGGAGAGCAACCACCACCGUGUUUAGUGCUAUUUUAGCUUUUUUGCUAGUAGAUGAGCGGAUGGCUUACAUUGACAUGGCUACGGUAGUUAGUAGUAUCCUGGGUGUUUGUCUUGUCAUGAUCCCAAAUAUUGUUGAUGAAGAGAACUCUUUGCUGAAUGCCUGGAAAGAAGCCUUUGGCUAUACCAUGACAGUAAUGGCUGGGUUGACCACCGCUCUCUCCAUGAUAGUCUACAGGUCCAUCAGGGAGAAGAUCAGUAUGUGGACUGCCUUAUUUACCUUUGGCUGGACUGGGACAGUCUGGGGAGUGUCCACUAUGUUCAUUCUUCAAGAACCCAUCAUCCCAUUAGAUGGAGAAACUUGGGGUUAUCUCAUUGCCAUAUGCAUUUGUUCUACUGCAGCUUUCCUGGGAGUUUAUUAUGCAUUAGAUAAAUUCCAUCCAGCACUGGUUAGCACCGUACAACACCUUGAGAUUGUGGUGGCUAUGAUCUUACAGCUUUUAGUGCUACACAUUUUCCCCAGUGUCUAUGAUGUCUUUGGAGGGGCAAUCAUCAUGAUUAGUGUUUUUAUCCUUGCUGGUUAUAAGCUUUAUUGGAGAAAAUUUAAAAGGGAGGACUACCAGGAGAUACUAGAUUCUCCCAUUAAAUAAGAAUCAAUUUUCAUGUUCUGCAUCAUGUUCAAUUAUGUGCACUGCCAUAUUGUAUUCAUGUAUCAAUGUUUUUUGUGCUGUAUAAUGGACAGAGUUCUAUAUAAUAUAUAGUUGCAAAAAAGGUGAAAAUAUGCAAAGGUAGAAAUAUUUAUAUUAGUUUAAUAUAUUAUAAAUGCAAAUAUUAAAUAUAUGAAAUAUUCUGGACUUUGGUCUUUAAAAAACUAUUUAUUUAUUUAAUUAAAAGUAACGGUAUGCAAGCCUUAAUCAUCAAUUUCUAUAUUAAUAGAAAUACCCCUUUAUAAAAAAUUCUGUUUAUUCAAAUUUAUAAAUUAGAAAAGAUGAAAUGAUAUUAUGAUAAUUUUUAUAGUUAUAGUUAUUUCAACAUUAUACCUGAAUCAUUGGGAAUUGUCAGUUGCAGAGAAGGGAAAUGGAAGUAGUAUGGGUGGAGUCAGAAGGUACUGGAAAAGGAAGGCUUUUCAUUGACUCAGUGUUGGUUGCAGUUAAGUAAAAGUGACACUAUCCCAUUGCUGAGGCAAUAUGCUUUUCCACUUAUGAUUCACAGGCUUACUACUGUAAUAGAAGUGCUCCUAGCUACUGGCAGAGGUGCCAGAAGUGGAAAUAAAAUAAGGAGUAAAUUAAUAUGGCAUGUUAUUUAAAGAUUUUCCUUGGAGAAACCAAAAAAGUCUCAAGGGCACACAUUAAUGUGUCAUAAUACAUUUGCUCUCUACUCUUAUUAAUUCAGUUAAAGCACUGUUCUGUCUAUUACAUAUGCAUGGAUAGGAUGUAUCAAUAAUAGUAGAAACCUUACAACUAAAUUUCAGCUCAUAGCUGACUUUUUGAGAAAAAUGGAAAUGCAGAGGUGUUCUUUAUUUUACAAUAGUGGGUUGUCUGACUUGCUAUAAUAAGGCUUUAUUUCUGAUAUUUAAAUUCUGCUCAUUUCAACUUUCAGUUGACAACUGAGUUCUCAGAAACAGAAUAAAAUAAUAGAAAGUUCACUGAACUAGGGGUCAAGAGAGUUGGGUUCCUAUAUCAGUUGGUUACUUCUUUGUGUCACAAAUUCUCUGGGACUCAUUUUCUGUAUUGUAAAAUAAGGGGUUGAGGGGAAUGAUUUUCUGCUUUUCUCUUUCCCUAGUUUUAAAACUCUUUGAUUCUUUCACUGGAUCUUUAAAUAAAUAAAAUAAAAAUAAAUUUUAAACCCCACAUUUUCCUGAAUGAGGUACAUUUAAGAUACUUUUAACUAACAAAUGCUUAACUGAUUUUUCUUAUCCUUUGGAGUCUAAGCCAGGAGAGAAAGGAAUGCAAAGGUAUUUUGCUUUAAGUACCAUUCUUCCAAUACUAAAAUCUUAAUUUGCAAAGUAUCUGAAGUUUGCAAAAAGAUUUACUCUAAAGAGGCAAUCACAGGCAGCUAGAUGGUACAGUGGACAGAGAGCAGAACCUGGAGUCUAGGGUCACAAAGAGUUGAAUUUGACUGAAAUGACUGAAAAACAAAGGGAUGCACCACAGAUUUCUUUGUAAUAGCUAUCUUUCCCACUGAUGUUAAAUUAUAUAUACAAAAAUUAAUUUAUAAACUUUUAAAAGAUACAUUAUUUAAUUAUUCAAUAAAUAUUUAUCAAAUAAA